AUGGCGAUCCUCAGCCAGACGUGGAUCCUCACAAAGAAGACGCUGCUCAUCGUCGCAUGGCGGCAAUGGUUCUUCACGAGCGUCCGCGCAUUCUGGGCGCCCAUCAUCUUCAUGUUCUUCAUCACGUACGCAAAGAACUUCUUCAUCCCCCCUUCUCAGUACGGCAUCGGCAACGCCACCCCCAUUCGGUCCUUCCCCGACGCCCUCGCCGCAGCAACAGGCGGCCGCGACAAGGUCGUCUUCGUCCACAACGGAUACACAGGCGGCCAAAUCGAGCACGUCAUCGGCCAACUCUCCAGCCAAGUCCGUGACGCCGGACUGCAGGCCAUCACCCUCGACCAAGAGCUGGACCUUCUCACCACGUGCGCCGGCUCACUGCGAGGCGCGAGCACCUGUUUCGGCGCAGUCAACUUCCACUCGAGCCCCGACCAAGGCCCUGGGCCGGCAUGGAACUACACGCUCAGGGCCGACAGCGUCCUCGGAUCGCAAAUCUACGUCGACCAGCAGGACAACGAUGUGCAGAUCUACAUCCUGCCCUUGCAGCGCGCCGUGGACGAGACGAUUGCGAGCCUGGAUCUGGAUCCCACCGCCACCGCCAUCGCCACCGCCACCGCCACCGCCACCGCUCGAGCCAUACCCGCCAUCCACGCAUUCCCGUACACCGAGCGCACGCAGGAGGAGAGAGACGAGCGCAUCCGGGUUCUGUACAUGGGCGCGCUCAUCAACAUCAUGGGCGCAGCGCUGUACAUUGGCGUCUGUGGUGUUACCUAUCAGCUGACGGGGCAGAUGGCCGACGAACGAGAGCGCGGAAUCUCGCAGCUCGUGGAAGCCAUGUCUCCCGCGAAGAAGGCGUGGCACACUCAGUUUGCCCGUCUUCUGGCGAACCACAUCGCCUUUGACGUCAUCUACUUUCCCGGCUGGGUCAUCAUGGGCCUGAUUGUGUGGGCUCUUGCUUUCAGGUCCUCCAACGCAGGCAUCCUGGUCAUCUUCCACAUCCUCGCUGGUCUGUCCCUGACCAGCUUCUCCAUCUUCGGCGCUGCCUUCUUCCGCAAAGCUCAACUUUCCGGCAUCACCAUCGUCAUCAUUCCGAUCCUCCUCGCCAUCAUUGCACAGGUUGCAGGCCCCUUCAGCACCUCGGCAGUCUACGUCCUUAGUCUGAUCUUUCCGUCCAUCAACUACGUCUUCUUCAUCGUCUGGAUCGCUCGGUUCGAACGUGAACUUGCUGGUGCGAACCUGGGUCAAGGCGCUCCAGCGUACGAGGAUCAUGUCUGGUCAACGCCUGGAAUCGUCUUCUGGGUGUUCCUCAUCAUACAGACACUCGUGUACCCCUUCCUCGGCGCACUCGUAGAGCGAUGGUUGUACGGUACCGUCUCUGCGGAUCGCAAGACGACUACUGAUUCUCCCGACCACAACAUCAUCUUGACCAACUUCUCCAAGCACUGGGCACCAAGCUGGUUCCGAAGAAACCUUCUAGCUAAGAUUGGACUCAAGCCCCCGGAGACGGUCAUUGCUGUCGACGACUUCAGCAUCAAAGCACGCAAGGGCCAAAUCAUGGUUCUCUUAGGUGCCAACGGUAGCGGAAAGUCAACGACCCUCGACGCUAUCGCAGGUCUGAACACCAUCACCAGUGGUUCCAUUGAGAUGGAUGGCACGGGAGGCCUCGGCUUGUGUCCCCAGAAGAAUGUCAUGUGGGACGAACUGAAUGUGUACGAGCAUGUUCGCAUCUUCAACCAACUUAAAUCGACCGGCAAGGUUGACACAAAAGACACUAUCGAGGACCUGAUCCGCGCCUGUGAUCUCGGGCACAAGAUCAAAGCCCGAUCGAGCACGCUCUCAGGAGGUCAAAAGAGGAAGCUGCAGCUCGCUAUGAUGUUCACGGGUGGAAGCAAGGUGUGCUGCGUUGACGAAGUCUCCUCCGGCCUUGACCCUCUCUCGCGCAGAAAGAUUUGGGAGAUUCUGCUUGCAGAGCGAGGCGAUCGCACUUUCCUCCUCACCACUCACUUCCUCGACGAAGCAGACGUGCUUGCAGACUACAUUGCGAUCCUCUCACGAGGCGUGUUGAAGACAAAGGGUACUUCGGUCCAGCUCAAGCACGAAGUUGGCGCAGGAUACCACGUCACCUACCCGCGAGAUGCAGUCGUCGCUCCGCCAGCAGGUGCUACAAAGAAGCCAGCGCCGUCAGCAGACAUGGUUCAGUACUGGUUCCCAGACGCUCUACCUGCGACUCACUUCGUCGACGUUCUUCGAUCCAAGGGCGUCAAGAACUACGAUAUCGUCGGGCCCACACUGGAGGACGUGUUCCUUGCGAUGGCCGAAGAAGUGAAAGAGCAUAACCUUAUGGAUGCCAACGAGCAGCAAGCUGUCAUGGCUGUGAGCAAGGGUGCUGACCAUCCCUCGGACCACGCCUCUGACGUUGAUAAAGGGCUCGAGAUGGGUAAGGGUCGAGGUACGUCGAUGGGCAAGCAGACCCUCAUCUUGAUGCACAAGCGCUGGACAAUCCUUCGACGCAACUUCUGGCCCUACGUUUUCGCUUUGCUGCUUCCAAUCAUUGCUGCCGGCCUAGUCACGCUCUUCCUCAAGGAUUACGUCGCGGUCGGCUGCGACCCUGGAGCGAACGCCAACGAUCCUACCGUGUACACUCUCGCGAGCACGGAUGCGAUCCCGCUGAUUCCCAUCGGUCCAUCAAGUCUCCUAGGCGAUGCCAUUUCUACAAUCGUUCAGCGAUCCGGCAUCAACAACAACAGCUUCCACAUUGUGGAAACUCUGGACGAGUUCAACGACUACGUGCAGACCCAGUUCCGCAACAUCACGCCCGGUGGUUUCUUCAUUCGUGAGAAUGAGCCCACCGUCAUGGCCUAUCUCGGAAGUGGAAGCGUGGUCGGUGGUCUCAUCACCCUCAACACCCUCGACAACGUACUCUCCAACAUUCCCAUCUCGACGCAGUACCAGCAGUUUGCUGUUCCCUUUGCGCCUAGCAUGGGCGACACCUUGCAGCUCACGCUGUACUUCGGUCUGGCCAUGUGCGUCUUCCCAGCACUGUUUGCGCUGUACCCGACCCAAGAGCGUUUGAGGAAAGUCCGAGCGCUGCAUUACAGCAACGGUAUCCGAGCUGUACCGCUGUGGUUGGCCUACACUGCGUUCGACUUCAUCUUCGUUCUGAUCAUCGCUGCUGUAACUACGGCGAUAUUCGUUGGAGCCUCCGAUGCCUUUUACGGACCUGGAUACCUGUUCGUCGUGUUUGCUCUCUACGGUCUCACUGCGAUCUUGUUCUCGUACCUCAUCUCCAUCGUAGUGACGUCGCAGCUUGCAGCCUUUGCCUUCGCCGCUGGAGGCAUGGUUUCACUGUACCUGAUCUACUUCAUUGGCUACAUGGCCAUUCUCACGUAUGCUCCCGCUUACAAGAUCGAUGACUGGAUCGACAUCUUCCACUGGACAUGGUCGCUCAUCGCACCAUCUGGGAGCCUCCUCAGGACACAGUUGCUUUCACUCAACUCCUUCAGCGUCCUUUGCGAUGGCAGCCAGAUCCCAAGCUACCCCGGCAAGCUUCAGGUAUACGGCGGUCCAAUCCUAUACCUCACCGUGCAAGCUAUUCUCCUCUUCGUCAUCCUCGUCUGGUGGGACUCCGGCUACAGACCGCCUUUCUUUAACCGCGCAAACAGCCGUCAGAAGCAUGGCGAGGAGAACCUGGAGACGAUUCCGUCUGCUGUCGCAGCUGAGACGGCACGCACUGAGCAGUCCAAGGAUAGCCUACGCGUGCUCCAUCUGCACAAGACCUUCGGAUCCAACCACGCCGUCAAUGACAUCAGCUUUGGCAUUCCCCAAGGUCAAGUCUUCGGUCUCCUCGGCCCCAACGGUGCAGGAAAGUCUUCAACCAUCUCCCUCAUCCGCGGCGACAUUCAUCCGACAACACACAUCAACGGUGGCGGUGAUGUUCUUAUCGAAGACAUUUCCAUCAUCUCAAAGCGCGCCGCCGCUCGUGGUCACCUUGGUGUGUGUCCGCAGUUCGACGCCAUGGACACCAUGACCGUGACCGAGCACCUAUACUUUUACGCACGCGCCCGUGGCGUACCAGAUCCCCAGUCCUCCGUCAAUGCCAUCUUACAGGCCACUGGUCUUGCAAGAUUCCAAACCCGUCUUGCAUCCAAGCUUUCUGGCGGUAACAAGAGGAAGCUGUCCUUGGGCAUAGCACUCAUGGGCAACCCCUCUGUUCUGCUCCUCGACGAGCCAUCAUCUGGCAUGGACGCUGCAGCUAAGCGUGUCAUGUGGCGUACGCUCCUCGGUGUUGCCGCGCCAGGACGUGCGUUGCUGAUUACAACGCACUCUAUGGAGGAAGCGGACAAGCUGGCGACAAGAGUUGGUAUCAUGAAGAGAAAGAUGCUGGCGCUCGGCACCGUUGGACAGCUCGGCGAUCAGUACGGCGACGCCUGGGUAGUCCAACUUGUCUUGAAGAGCGCGCCCGAGACGACAGAAGAGGAGAUGGAAGCCUGCAAAGAGUGGGUCCGCCGCAGAAUUCCCGGCGUCCAAAUGGACAAGUGGGGAUCCCGAGGCGGCGGCCACGGGCAACUCAGAUUCAAAGUGCUCAAGGCCGCCAAGGGCGAGCACGACACUGUCCCCACCAGCCCCGCCAGCGACGACGUCAGCAUCGAAAAGUCUCACGCCGAGGACAACGUCCAGCUCGUGCGCACACAGUCCACUGACCUCGGCGGCAUCCCAGGCCUCAUCCAACUCCUCGAGUCGAACCGCACGGAGCUGGCUCUCGAGUACUACUCGGUCAGCCCCACAACGCUUGACGAAGUCUUCCUGCGCGUCGUUGGCGAGGAAGAGGAGGAGAGCGCAAAGAAGAAGAGUUACUCUAGCGGGUUUAGAAAGGCGCUUAAGUGGCCUUGUUUUUAG